AAGAAAAAAAAAGGAGCCUCCCACCUCGAGCGGACGACCAGAGUCCCUUCCCCGAGCGCGAGAUCUAGGGUUCAUAGCCGCCGCCGGCCCACCGCCGCGGCUCGCCCAGUCGGCCGAAGCCUCCGCUGCCCGGCCGCAGGUACAGGAUCCCAGCAGCGCCUCCCUCCGUCGGGCAGCCGUUCCUACCAGCAGCGCCUUCCUCCCUGGAGCAGGCGCUCCCGGCCAGCAACGCCGCCGCCCGGAGCAACGCCGGCGACCAGUCCAUAGGCAGUUGGAACAGGGCAUCAACAUUGUCAAUUGGAGGGACUUGGAGCUGCUCCAGCAUCCACAGUAGAGCAAACAAGAAGGAGCCAGGUGUUGAUUGGAGAUGAAUGCCCCUGACCGCUAUGAGCGCUUCGUCGUGCCUGAGGGCACAAAGAAGGUAUCCUUUGAGAAGGAUACAAAGAUCAUGAAUGCUGCAUCUUUCACAAUUGAACGUGAGGACCACACCAUCGGCAACAUCCUCCGCAUGCAGCUGCACAGGGACCCAAAUGUUCUCUUUGCUGGCUAUAAGCUGCCUCACCCCCUUCAGUACAAGAUCAUUGUUAGGAUCCAUACUGCAAGCCAAUCCUCCCCAACACAGGCGUAUACCCAAGCAGUCAAUGAUCUAGACAAGGAGCUUGAGAACCUGAAGCAAGCUUUUGAGGAUGAGAAGACCCGAUUCGAAAGGAUGAAGCAGGGCUACUAGGCCGCCGGUGUUGGCUGCUAAUUAACGUGAAACCUUCCUUGCUACUGUAGUUCAUAUCUGAUGUCUGAACUGCGGUAGAAAAAAUAACACUCAAGGAUUUUUCGACAUGUGCGACCGGGAUUGCGUAUGAUUGUAUGGUUGUUAAACAUGCGUUGGCACUUGAUAUGCCUGCUAGUUGAAUUGUUCGCUCCUGUGGGGUUGGAUAGAGGAUACGGACCGAGCUUGAAGCGAGUCCUUGGAUCAUUUUGUGCUGCAUGAAUUUUAUGCCAAUGUAUUGUAGCCAACUUAAACA